GGUGAGCUGUCUGCGAGCGUCAAUUAUUCAUCUGAGUGUGCACGGCUGAAUGAAACUGCUCAACCGGGGAGCAACCUUUGCCUAUUGAGCAUGCGCGGGCAUCGUUAGUUGUCGAUAGCAGCAACCCUGACCAUGGUUCCAUGUGACAGGGCAUGUCCAUUUCACUGCGACAGACUCUGACAUAGACUUCAGGUGAUGGAUUUCUAACUUUCACACCAGGUAAAGUUUUGAAGGAACGUGAGCGACAAGGAAUGUGGAUACCUUCCUCUCACCGCACAUGAGUCCGUGCGUACGUCAGUCCGUCCAUAAUGCAGAAAUGUGUCCCGAAAAGUUGGGAAUACCUUGCUGGGCUGCUGCUCAUCCUGUCGUCUGCUCGUGUUGCCGGAGGCGUAUACCAGCUCACAGUGCCGUCCACUCACGCUGCCUUCUCCGGGGAUCUAGAAAUAGGAUACAGUGUUCCACAAAAUGUUUCUAUGUUCAGUGCAUUCGUCACUAUCCUCUUCACCGAGGAAGGACUGAAGGAACACGAGAUCACUUCUUUACACAUUCCACCAGGCACGCAUACUGGCAAACUCAUCCUAACAUGUGGGGUCCUAGAAUACGCAGGAACCUACACAUUACAAAUGUAUAUGUUUGUAGGCAGCCGUUUGCUUACACAAACCACGUUCAUGGUGGAAUGGCCAAGGAUUCAGUUAUUUCUUCCAGAUCGUCGAAGGUUCGCACUCACAGAAAAUGUCCCUUUGCGAAUUCAAUCACGUGCAACUUGUGAACCCAAAAUACACCGUGAAUCCUUUUUCAUAGAAUUAUAUUUCAAAAGACCUGCUUCUGCAGUGGAUAUUUUACCAAUGGAAAGUUCCAAGAUGAAGCAUACGUUUAACUACACAGACCUGUCAAAGAGUACACAGACAAUUCAAUAUCAGUGUGACCUGUUUGAUCUCGAUGGAUCCUACCAAGCAGUGCUAAAGUCAACCUUCAACUCAGGAACAGUCGUGACUAGAAGCAACGUUUUCAAUGUUUCAUGGAGUCAAUCUUAUAGCGUAAAUAUCCGGAAGGAGAGUAUUUUUCCUUGUAAAGGUGCAAUAACUGUCUUGUAUAUACAACCGGCAUGUGCCAGACCUGAGAAACAUCUUCAAGACAGGAUACGAAUGUACGAGCUAAGGACGACAACGAAUGGUUCGUUGGCAGCUCCUCUCAGACAGAAAUACAUCAUUGAGAAACAUGCAAAUCCAAAUAGGAACUCGUUUGAACUUAGCUGUAGAUUGUUCAACAGGACAGCUGCCGGGUUUUGCUUCAAAUAUGUCAGCAUUUCAAGAAGUGGAGCCGUGCAUCUGCAGAGGCAGCAGUGUCUUGCUGCUCAUCCUAAUUCAGUGUUUUAUAUAGAUGGUGGAUGGAGUGAAUGGACCGAGUGGUCUCUUUGUACCGUCACCUGUGGCUCUGGUAAAAGGAACCGCUUCAGAAUUUGCAAUAACCCUGCCCCUCUCCAUGGGGGCAAGUUCUGCGAGGGUGACCCCGUCCAGUGGAAGCCUUGUAAUAUGAAUUGUCCAGGAUAUUUACCCAACGGCCCUCUGAAAUCCCCAAAGUUCGACAUGCGGUGUGCCUGUGGGUGUGGGAUGUCUUCUGAUUCAGGGGAAAUAAUUGCAAGUGGAAGAUGCUCCGGCAGAGCUAUGUGGACGAUAGAGGUAGAAGACUCCCAGCAGAUUAAACUCACGUUUACUCACUUCAAUAUACUGGAGUCCAAACAGUGGGUGAAGGUCCGCGAUGGAGACACACCCAUGUCAGACAUAUUGUACAGUAGCAUAAAUGGUGAACAUCCUCACAAUGAAAUCAGCUCUUCGUCCAACAAGAUGAGUGUUGAACUGAUGACUUUUGCCUCCGAUGAAGCCCCAAGUUCUAUAGCAAUAUUCCCCAUCAACGCAACGCAGUUAAUUCACCUCCAUGGAUUCAUCGCAUCUUAUAGGGUAGUCGCUGGAGGUGGUACGCGUACAUCAACCAUAAUUCGCCGGGAAAAGUCAUCUAUUCUCGACAGCAAAGUAGCCGUCGUUGGAAUUGCCUUGUGUGUUCUCAUAGUGUUAGUUGUCAUUACCUUCGUGCUUUUCCACAGACUCUAUCACAAACGGCAUAAAUACGCAAUGGCGGCCUCUGAGAGUCCACUCCACAUAGCUCGUAGCACCAGUAUGCACAGUAGUCGGUGUAGUAGCCCGCCUCCUGGAAUAACUAACGUCGACGUUGAGGCACCCCUCACUGGUGAGGCGACAAAGAAAGACAAUAUGUUGUCGAGGGGUUCUUCAAUAUCUAGUACAUGCAGUGCUGGGUUCAAGAAACUGCGGUCCAAGGCAGAAUCUGUAACAGGUAGUCCUAAACCCUCCACCAAAAACUAUUCCCCCUUACCUAGUCCAUAUACUGCACACUCACCUCCAGAAGAGUUUCUGCAUAACUCAAAUUUCUUUAAAGCUAGUCCAAAUCUAAGAAACUGUAGACCAAGAUCACCUAAAAUUCAUCCUUCACCAAAGUUCAAACAUUCUCCUGGGGCAGCAACUCCAUGUUCACCAUCUAAAACUAAACAUGAACUUCUUACAAAGAAGAGAAAGGAGCAGCUGACUACUGAAUCCGAAAGGAUAGUAACUGGUUCCUCGGGAUCAUCAAAAGAUGCUCCAAUAGUCACGCCAGAGACACCCACACCAGUAGUGAAUAAAAGUGUGGCACCGGUGAAAGUUUCUUUAGCGGUUGCUAGGACCCCCGGAGGUGACAGGACACCCCAGAAUGAAGUGAUUAUACUGGAGAGUCUUCGUGAGGAACAUUCCCGGUUAAAUGGGGAUGAAAAGUAUCCUGAUGCAAAUAAUGAGACUACUUCAUUCAUACAGUCGUCUGUCAAAGCAAGACGGCCUACGUCUCUCACAGAGAGUUAUUCAACAGAGUCUAUUGGUGCUAAACCCAAAAUACGAACUACAAAACAGUCACAAGGAGAAAAAAAGAAGCCGUCUGCAAUGGAGGAGCGUCAAAAACUGCUGCCUAAACCAGACGGGCAGAGUCCCAAAUCUCCCACUAGGGAGGAGCAUUCCAAGAGUUCCACACCUCGCAGUACAAAAAGCAGUCGCAGCUCCAAAAGUGCUAAAACUAUGUCUCCUACCAGGAGCAUUAACACGCCUUCUGAGGUCGGUUCUGUGGACAUUGAACUAGAAUAUGAUGACUUUAUAGAAGACGACCCGUUGUCCUACUUUGAGGUGUCAGAACUCCAAAAACUUCGAUGGCAAGGGGGAGAAAAGAUAGGAAAACCUGUGAAGGAUUAGAAAAUUUGAGUUUAACGCACCUGUAAAAUAUUUUAAAGUAUUAAUAUAUGAAUAUAUUUGAACCUAGAGAAAGACUUUAACACUGUUUGUUUAUAUCAGUAUUAAUAAAUAAUUGAAUAAUAUAAUUGACUGCUGGUGAAGAUUUGAAGGUUUGUGACUACAUAGUUUACACAAAGAAGCGACUUAAACUUUAGAGACUAAGAAAUUUUGAGUUAAGUUUUUGCCAUAUAAUUUGUUUGCUUAGUCAGUUUUGCAUUCUACUUUUAUAGUGCUUCCAUUGCCUACAGCACUCUCAUUUUACCACAUACUGCAUUUUCAUAUAUAAAUCAACACCAGUGUUUUGUAUUGUAAGUCCAUUUUGUGGCUGUAAUGUAAUUUGUGUCAACUCACGACUUAUUCUCUUUAGUAUAAGGUUUGAUAAGUUCAACUCUGCCAAAGAUUGUAACAAACGUUUGGCAGUUGAAACUUUCGUCAGUCCUAAAUGUAUGCAAUUUGAUCAAAUCCAUACCAUUAAGGAAGCCGCGGCAACGGCUUACCCUUCAAUCCAUGGAAUAUAAUGAAUUUAACAUAAAUUAAAAAGGGUCAGGUCAAUAUCAACUGAAAAAAUGCGAAUAACUCUUACACAAGGGAUAGAGAGUUUACAGUAAAUAUCAUGACUGAAUAUGAGUAUGAUAAAAUAUACACAUUAAAAUAUGACAUUUGUAUUCAAAGAUAAAUGACUAAUGAUUUAAUAUAUGAUAUGAUAUAAUUUAUCUCCUCGGGUCAACGAUCCAGUGUCCUUUAUCUUUCGACAGGUUAUGUACAUUCUCAACACGACCUCAAAGACAUGUAUUUGUUGUUUGUUUAUGAUGCAUAUCACAUUGAUCAUUGCAAUGGUUUUAUCGCUCAAGGUGAGAUUAAAAUGUCCAUCAAAUG